AUGGCGUUGAGUUUGGGGGAGGUGGCUAUGCUCGUGGUUGACGUGGCGUUCGUCCUGUGCCUUAUCGUGGCGAUCAUGUGCUGCUGCGAGGACGACCGCCGACGACCUCGGUCAUCAUCUCAACGGGACGCCCAAGUCGGAGGACGGGUGGUGAUGCUGCGGGUGGUGGAGGCGCCCCCGGGCCAGCAGCGAGUGGCGCCGGCGGCAGCGAAGGCGGCGCUGCCCUACUUCCCGUACGCGCAGGCCCAGGGCAGGACGUCGUCGUCGGAGACGCAGACGCUGGUGUGCGCCGUCUGCCUGGAGGAGCUCAGGCACGGCGAGCUGUGCAGCGAGGUGCCGGCGUGCCGCCACAUUUUCCACAGGGGGUGCGUCGGGUCGUGGAUGAAGAAGAGCGAUAGCUGCCCGCUGUGCAGGGUGAAGAUCUCGUCGUGGAUUGCAGGGCCGACCGAAUCGCCGACGGCUGCUGACGCAGUGUAG